UGGUGGUGUUAUUUUUGAGGAUAAGUUUGAUUAUUUUGCUAUAAAUUAUUUGAUCCUUGUUCGAAAUGGACGGGGAUCUCUAUGACGAGUUCGGCAAUUACAUCGGCCCUGACCUAGAGUCGGAUUCCGACGAUGACCAGAGUGUUUACGGCCAGGAUAACAGAGACGCCGAUGAGGAUGCCAUGGAGGAGGACGAGGACGCUGAUGCGGAGCCCGAGGUGGCUCCUAUGUCCGUUGUCCUUCACGAGGAUAAACGGUAUUACCCUCAAGCAGUAGAAGUGUACGGGCCUGACGUUGAAACGGUAGUACAAGAGGAGGAUACACAAGCACUAGACAAGCCGCUGGUGGAACCUGUGAAGCACAAGAAGUUUCAAGUGCAGGAACAACAGUUACCGGAGACCAACUAUGACAUGGAGUACUUGGCGGAUAUGCUGGAUAAUACUAAUUUGAUGAGGAAUAUCACUUUGAUGGGACAUUUACAUAAUGGUAAAACAUCAUUUGUGGACUGUCUAAUGAGACAAACCCACCCCGGCACCAUAAACAAUGACACCACAAUCCCGAUGCGGUACACCGACACAUUAUUUGUGGAGCAAGAGCGAGGAGUGUCUAUCAAGUCUAUGCCAGUCACUCUGCUCCUCAAGAACAUAAAGGGAAAGUCACAUUUGUUAAACAUCAUGGACACACCUGGACAUGUCAACUUUAGUGAUGAAGUCACAGCUGCUUUGAGGAUUUCGGAUGGUGCGGUUUUAUUCGUCGACGCAGCAGAAGGUAUAAUGCUGAACACAGAGCGUCUACUACGUCACGCGGUGCAAGAGCGCGUUCCUCUCACGUUAUGCAUUAAUAAAAUCGACCGCCUGAUCUUAGAACUGAAGCUGCCGCCCGCAGACGCGUAUUACAAGCUGCGGCAUAUUAUUGACGAGCUCAAUUCGAUGCUCGAGACGCAUCAGCCGCAGGAUAACCCGACGGAACCGGCUACAGUGUUCUCGCCACUUCUGGGCAACGUGUGCUUCGCCUCAUCUCUAUACGACGUGUGCUUCUCUCUUGGGUCAUUUGCUGCGAUGUAUGCGGCAGCGCACCCGGGCGCCGGGCUUCGGUCCGCGGAACUGGCCGGCUGGCUGUGGGGAGACAUCUACUUCAACGCCAAGACCAGACGCUUCACGAAGAAGCAACCACAUGCGUCUGCGCAGAGAAGCUUUGUGGAGUUUAUUUUGGAGCCGCUUUACAAGAUCUUUGCUCAGGUGGUAGGCGACGUAGACGAUACAUUGCCGGCGGUACUAAGCGAGCUCGGCAUCAAGCUGACGAAGCAGGAGGCCAAGCUGAACGUGCGGCCGCUGCUCCGGCUGGUCUGCAGCCGAUUCUUCGGGGACUUCUCUGGCUUCGUGGACAUGGUGGUGACCCACGUGCCUUCGCCUCUCGACGCGGCGGAGCGCAAAGUGGGCCACACAUACAGGGGCACCGAGGGGGCACUUCGCGAAGACAUGCUGCGCUGCGACCAGUCCGGCCGGCUCGUGGCGCAUACUGCCAAGAUGUACCCGACUGAUGACUGCACCUUCUUCCUGGUUCUGGCGCGGAUAAUGUCUGGCACAUUAUACGCGGGGCAGACGGUGCGAGUGUUGGGAGAGAACUACAGUUCGCACGACGAGGAGGACUCGAGAAUUAUGAACGUCGGCCGCCUGUGGAUAUACGAGGCCCGGUAUAAGGUGGAACUGAACCGAGUACCGGCCGGCUGCUGGGCGCUGAUAGAAGGCGUGGACCAGCCCAUCGUGAAGACCUGCACCAUUGUCUCCGCUGAGGAAGACGAGGAGCUUCACACUUUUAGGCCGCUGCGAUUCAACACGCAAGCGGUUGUCAAGAUCGCUGUGGAGCCGGUCAACCCGUCCGAGCUGCCAAAGAUGUUGGAUGGACUUAGAAAGGUGAACAAAUCGUAUCCCCUUCUUUCGACGCGCGUGGAGGAGAGCGGCGAGCACGUGAUCCUGGGCACGGGCGAAUUGUACCUGGACUGCGUCAUGCACGACCUGCGCAAUAUGUAUUCGGAGAUCGACAUCAAAGUCGCGGACCCGGUAGUAUCAUUCUGCGAGACAGUAGUCGAGACCUCCUCGCUAAAGUGCUUCGCGGAGACGCCCAACAAGCGGAACAAGCUGACCAUGAUAGCGGAGCCGCUCGAGCGCGGACUCGCCGAAGACAUCGAGGCCGGCGCCGUUUGCGUCACGUGGGACCGCAAGCGCCUCGGCGAGUUCUUCCAGACCAAAUAUGACUGGGACUUGCUAGCGGCGCGUUCGAUCUGGGCGUUCGGGCCCGACACCACUGGGCCCAACAUCUUAGUAGACGACACGUUGCCGUCCGAAGUCGACAAGCAUCUGCUGGCCUCCGUCAAGGACAGCAUCGUGCAAGGUUUCCAAUGGGGCACGCGUGAGGGCCCGCUAUGUGAGGAGCCCAUCCGAAACGUGAAGUUCAAGAUCCUGGACGCGGUCAUAGCACAGGAGCCGCUGCACAGAGGCGGUGGGCAAAUCAUUCCCACUGCUCGGAGGGUGGCAUAUUCUGCGUUCCUGAUGGCGACGCCGCGUCUGAUGGAGCCCUAUUUAUUUGUGGAGGUGCAGGCGCCCGCCGACUGUGUCUCAGCAGUCUACACCGUGCUCGCAAAGCGAAGAGGUCACGUGACGCAAGACGCGCCCGUGCCGGGUUCACCAUUAUACACGAUCAAAGCGUUCGUGCCGGCCAUCGACUCGUUCGGCUUCGAGACGGACCUGCGGACGCACACGCAGGGCCAGGCCUUCUGUCUGCAGGUGUUCCACCAUUGGCAGAUCGUGCCUGGUGACCCGCUGGAUAAGACCAUUGUUAUACGCCCGCUCGAGCCGCAGCCCGCCACGCACCUGGCGCGCGAGUUCAUGGUCAAGACGCGGCGCCGCAAGGGGCUCAGCGAGGACGUGUCCAUCAACAAGUUCUUCGACGACCCCAUGCUGCUGGAGCUCGCCCGCCAAGAUGUACAGCUCAAUUGAAUAAAAUAAAUGUAGCUUAAUGAG